AUGGCAGAAACCAAUCAGGCCGGCGAAAAAACCCUGACGAGCUCCUCCGGGUGGGCUCAUCACCCCCGUUCAUCACCCGAGCCAGGACCAGCCUCGCCAGCUGGAGACCAACCACGACCAUCUAAUUGCAUCAGCACAGAGACUCCUACGGCCAUGGGAUUAAUCAAUUUGAACGAGGAUACCAAAGUUGAGCUUCAUAAAACUCUUUGUCGAAUCAUCAUCCACCCUGGAAAAUAUGAAUAUAUCACUGACCCCACAAUCAUCAUCCAGGAACGCGUCAACCAAGUCACUGCAGCGAUCAAAGUACUUGCGCUUCCAUCUUAA